CUAAUCGCAAACGGACACGUUAUUACACAUUAACAUCAACACUGGCACUAGUUAGUGUCCGUAAAGAAAAGUGGACUCCGGAGCUGACCUGUAAAACAAUAAAGUGAUGACAUUAUCAUACAGACAUCAGACUUUAUCAGAACAGAUCUGCGCCUUCUCUCUUCACGCCAACAGUCAGCAGUAAAGCUCAGACAGCUACCCGGAAAGGAGGAGUAUGUGCUCGGUGAUAAACAGGGUGAACGCCGGUCAACGGUGCCUGGCCUUUACGCUCGGCCUCCGGAGGCGCACCGAAGGCUUGAGCACCAUGACAGCCCAGAAUGGACCCGUGUCUGCGGGCGUCAGAGCCCACAAAAUGCCGCUAGGAGGAGGCAGUGCACGGUGGCACGGAACACAACCAAACAAAGCACUGCUCUUCAGACAGCUGUUUGAAUCAGACAGCAACACCUACACUUACCUUCUGGCUGACAACGAGACCAAGGAGGCCAUCCUCAUCGACCCCGUAUUGGAGACCAUCGACAGAGACCUGAAGCUCAUCCAAGAACUGGGGCUCCAUCUACAAGUAGCAGUGAACACUCACUGCCAUGCAGACCACAUCACCAGCACGGGGCUGAUGAAGACCAGGUUAGCCGGGCUCAAGAGUGCCAUCUCCAAAUUCAGUGGCGCCUCAGCAGAUAUCCUCCUGUCUGAGGGAGACAAGAUCGCCUUUGGAAAACAUUAUCUGACUGUGAGAGAAACACCGGGACACACCGACGGCUGUAUGACGCUGGUGACGCAGGACCAAGGCAUGGCUUUCACCGGGGACGCUUUGCUCAUCCGAGGCUGCGGCAGGACAGACUUCCAGCAAGGUUGCGCCGAAAGGCUCUACCGGUCAGUUCAUGAGAAGAUAUUCACCCUGCCGGACCAGUGCCUCAUCUACCCAGCACAUGACUACUUAGGUCAGACGGCGUCGACUGUCGGUGAGGAGCGCACGUUUAACCCUCGCCUGACCAAGAGCCUGGAGGAGUUUUUGAGCAUCAUGGACAAUUUGAAUCUCCCAAAGCCUUCCAAAAUAGAUAUUUCAGUGCCUGCUAAUCUGCUCUGCGGCGUUCAUGAAGUUUAAAUUUCCCUCGCAAGAAAAAGCGAGAGCACACUAUAAUUAAUGCAUAGUAAGAUGUUUAUUUUUUAAAGAAAAUACUGCUAAUCUCCUGCAUGUGUGUUGUAUGUAUGUAUGUACAUUUAAAUUGCAACUGCACUUUUUUGAAAUUUUGCCUUCACAAUCCUCAUGUACGACAACAACACAUGUUUUAAUCCAUUCUAAAUCGUAAAAUACGGUAAGUAAGAGGUGGCUAACAAUGCAGUUAACUGGAAUACACUAUUCCGCCCAUGAAGCCCUCUAAAAAUGUGCUAACAAUACUCCAUUUACACGUCGUCACCUGAAUAUUAACCAAGUAUUAGCGAUAUUCUUAUUCUAAGCGCUAACUCAGACAAACUAUUUUUUAGCUGCCCCCACAGCUUAUGCUGCUAUAGUGACAUUGAGCGGCUGCGUGGCCUCUGAAUCGGUGAAAGCUAAUUCUAGAUUAUAAAUCAUGCCUCUCACCUGGAUAGUAGAAGGUUGUGGACAUAAACCCACAAGUUGGUCAACUUUGACAUCCCACUUAGACCCGCAGAUGGCGAGAAAGACACGAAAAUACGCUAGAUUGCAGCACUUUUCUUUAAACUUUCGUGAUGAUUAUGAUUAAUUCUUAAUUCUUUGUAUUUUUGCCAUAAAAAACAGGGUUUUGACAAAGACGACAUACAAUAUAAAAAACAACAACUUUAUAGCAAGCGUUGAAUAAAAAAAAAUAGGAUAUGACAUUUUUAACAUUUUUAUGACUGACACCCUCAAAGGACCAAAUUUAAGAGAAGUCCCAAAAGAUUAAAAACAAAUCUAUAUGUUGAAAAUGUUUAGAUUUUUCAGUGGAAACAGUUUGCACAGCACUGAUUUACAGCGUGGCUGAACCGUCCGUGUUAGCAACACUUCACCGACACGACCUGAAAGACGGGUUUCUUCGGAAGGGGAGUGCCGUGCCCUGACACACACCGAUCGGCUACAAACCAGCUUUUUGUGAGCUUUCAAAGGCGUAUUUUCCGUUACUGAAAAUUGUGGUCACAUUUCAAGUCUUGCCCCCUUGGGAGACUUAGUGAUUCGAGUGCACUUGUGUCCAAAGGAAUGCGCUCCUAUCCUUGAAAGAAGAUAAGGUUUAAGAGUGGGACACAUUCAUUGUGUGGCGGCUGUGGAGAAGGACAACUUUACUGUAGGGGACAACCCUUCUUGUCUUCUAGUUGUACCCAUUACCUGAAGAUAUACGGCGCCCUCCAUUAUGCUUCUGCAGCUGGGCAGUGUCAAUGCCAGCUUCUCUCCUCCCACCCAUCUGCCAGCCACAUGUCACUGGAAACCAUCUGUUUCACUUUCAGCUCACUGGACAAGUGGCCCCUAUAGAGGGUUCCAUGCAGCACUGGUCGACAACACCCAAGGCCUGAUACCUGUUGGUAUUUUAAUCUGCCGGGGUCUAUAAUCCCAAUGUGUUGCAUACGGUACUUACCCAUUGAUUGGUCAUUGGUGGCCUGUGUAGAAGAUGUGAGCAUGUAAAGAUCCACUCAAAGUAACCUGGUGGGUCCAAAGUGCGGCCACAUUCGAAGAACACUGUAAAACAUAAGGAGUAAAUGAUCAAAAAAGGGAAACGUAACGAUAAAAAGUUGUAAUGUUGACUCUGAUAACACAAAGCUGCCAUGCAGGCUGUUUUUUCUUUCAAACUGCCAUUGCUCAAAAAAUAAUAAUGAAUCAAAAUCAAAGUUGUUAUGAAUUAUUGACCCAUUCAAUGCUGCCAUUACAUAUCACAUUGAAAUAUUUUUUGGGGAAAAUAUUGCAUAUUUUCCGUGUUUGCCAUAAAAAAAGUAGGUUUUUUGGGGCAAAAAAUGGCAUAAAACAUACAAAAAAACUUUAAAAAAAAAAUUAUUAUAACUUCAACGUUGAAAUAUUUUGUGUGUUUGCCAUAAGAAACUAAGUUUUCUUGGACAAAAAUGGCAUAAAAUAAACAAAAAUAAAUAUUAAAAAAUAUACUUAUAAUCAACACAUAGAUCUGAUUCUGAAGGUAAUCUAAAGACUUAGGUGUUAAAAUAAUAAAAAAUACAAUUACAAUUUAUUUUUAGGACUUGCAUGAGUUGGGCCCUUCUGGAUAUUUUGUGUGUUUGCCAUAAAAAACUAAGUUUUCUUGGACAAAAAUUGUAUAAAAAAUACAAAAUAUAUAUAUUUUUUAAUUAUUAUAAUUUCCACGUUGAAAUAUUUUGUGUGUUUGCGUUAAAAACUACGUUUUCUUGGACAAAAAUGGCAUAAAAUAAACAAAAUACAUUAAAAAAUAUAUACUUAUAAUCUGAAGGUAAUAUAAAGAGUUGGGCAUUAAAAUAAAACAAUAAAUAAAAAAAUAUUUAUUUUUAGGACUUGUAUGAGUGGGGCACUUGUGGAUCCCCCAAAAUUUUUUGUGGGAUUUUUUUAAUUUGUAUUUAUUGCUCAAAAAAUAAUGAAUCAAAAUCAAAGUUGUUAUGAAUUAUUGACCCAUUCAAGGCUGAAAUUACAUAUCACAUAUUUAAAUAUUUUUUGGAGAAUUUAUAGCAUAUUUAGUGUGUUUGCCAUAAAAAACUUAUGUUGUUUUUUUUUGAUAAAAAGGGCAUAAAACAUAGAAAAAAAACAUUUUUUUAAAAUUAUUAUAAUUUCCACGUUGAAAUAUUUUGUGUGUUUGCCAUAAGAAACUAAGUUUUCUUGGACAAAAAUGACAUAAAAUAAAAAAUAUUAAAAAAUAUACUUAUCAACAGAUAGAUCUUAAGGUAAUCUAAAGACUUAGGUGUUAAAAAAUAAUAAUUAUGAUUUAUUUUUAGGACUUGUAUGCGUGGGGCCCUUCUGGAUAUUUUGUGUUUGCCAUAAAGAACUACGUUUUCUGGGACAAAAAGGGCAUAAAACAUACAAUUUAAAAAAAAGUAUUACUUACAUCGAUGGAUAGAUCUGAAGUAAAUCCAGGGACUGAGGCGUUGAAAAAAAAUGUAUGACUUAUUUUUAGGAUUUUUAUAAGUGGAUCCCCAAGAAUUUUAGUGGGAUUUUUCUUUUAAAACUGUCAUUGCUCAAAAAAUAAUAAUGAAUCAAAAUAAAAGUUAUGAAUUAUUGACCUAUUUAAGGCUCCAAUUAUUUCACAUCAAAAUUUCCACGUUGAAAUAUUUUGUGUUUGCCAUAAAAAAAUAAGUUUUCUUGGACAAAAAUGACAUAAAAUUAUCAAAAAUAAAUAUUAAAAAAUAUACUUAUAAUCAACAGAUAAUCUAAAUACUUAGAUUACCUUUUUAAACGCUUGUAUGAGUGGGGCCUUUCUGGAUCCCCAAGAAUUUUAGUGGGAUUUUUUUUUUUUAAGUCAUUGCUCAAAAAAUAAUAAUGAAUUAAAAUCAAUGUUAUGAAUUAUUGACAUAUUUAAGGCUCUAAUUACAUAUCACAUAUUAAAAUAUUUUUUGGGGACAAUAUUGCAUAUUUUGUGUGUUUGCUUGGGCAAAAAUGGCAUACAACAUGCAAAAAACAUUUAUAAAGGGUAUUACUUACACCGACGGAUAGAUCUGAAGUAAAUCUAGAGACUGAGGCCUUGAAAAAAAAAAUGUAUGACUUAUUUUUAGGAUUUUUAUGAGUAGGGCCUUUUUGAAUCCCCAAGAAUUUUAGUGGGAUUUUUCUUUUAAAACUGUCAUUGCUCAAAAAAUAAUAAUGAAUCAAAAUACAAGUUAUGAAUUACUGACCUAUUUAAGGCUCCAAAUAUUUCACAUAAAAAUUGCCACCUUGAAAUAUUUUGUGUGCUUGACAUAAAAAAAACUGUUUUCUUGGACGAAAAUGGCAUAAAAUAAACAAAAAUACAUAUUAAGAUAUACUUAUAAUCAACAGAUAUAUCUGAAGGUAAUUUAUAGACUUAGGUGUUAAAAAAAAUAAAUAAAGAUUUGUUUCAAUGUUGUAGAAUAUUAGUUGGGAAAUGACCAAACUUCGAUGGUCAAAUCAACGUCAGAACCCGACAUUGAUUCAACGUUGUCAAAAAGCAUGUUGUUUUAACAUUGUGUUUGUGUUGUAGAAUAUUGGUUGGGAAAUGACCAAAAUUCAAUGAUAAAAUCAAAGUCAGAACCCAACAUUGAUUCGACGUCGUCAAAAGGCAUGUUGUUUCAUCAUUAUGUUUUUGUUGUAGAAUAUUGGUUGGUGAAUGACCAAAAUUCAACGGUCAUAUCAACAUCACAACCUGACAUUGAAGAACUGUUGUCAAAAAGCGUGUUUCUCCUUCUUGUACAUGUAAAGGCGCUUUUGGAAAACACAAAUCAAUACCUUAAGAGAAGGCAACGGGCGAUUGCAGCUAUUUGGGAUACAACACUUCGCAGACGGCAAGAGAACUUUCAAAUGUCCGGGUCAGUUGUGAGUCUAUUUAACGAAAAACUUUGUCCCUUCUUCCCGUGGAUGUGAUACAGUGUGACUAUAAAUAUUGCUUAAUGGAUGUGACCGUGAAAUGGCCAGGCAGCGUGCAUGAUGCCCGCAUCUUCGCUAACUCCGCCAUUAGCGCACAGCUGAAAGAUGGAUCCAGACAGUUUAUCGCAUUGUCUACUUUCUCAUGUCUAAUAAAGAUUUGAUUAAUUUAUGAUGGCUCAUGUGACUAUAAAUAUUGCUUAAUGGAUGUGACCGUGAAAUGGCCAGGCAGCGUGCAUGA